AUGACCGUGACAUGGGGCGCGAGCACCGAGGAGAACGAUGUCGUUCCUACAUCCGUGCUGACUGCGACUGUAACGAAGUCGGGCGAGCCGAUGCUCGACGAAGCAGUGAUCACCGCUCGUUUCUUGUCGAUCACUUCAACCACCCCCACUGAAGCGCUCCCCGGGCGUAUCCAGACAUCCACGUCGACACUCCCAGUGUCCGUGCUCAGCGACAAGUUCUUCCUGUCAGAGUGGGCAGGAGGCGCCGCCGCAGAUGGGAAGAUGGGCUCAUACAAAGGGUCAAUGACAUAUGUCCCGCUGAUCGACCCGAUGUUCUUCGAGACAUAG